CGGCAGGUCCAAUUCCUCAUCUUAUUCAUAGAUUUCUCUCUCGUUCAUCGGUGGCAUCGUUCCGGUGAUCAGCCACCGCGCUUCCAUUCGUCGCCGCCGGAAUCCGAUCCCCAGUCGUCGCCGGGAAAACUCUGCCUUCUUAGUUUCGGUGGAUCAGCUCUCCUGGCUGAGAAACUUUCAGUGAUCCUUUCUACCGGGGCACCUAAUGGCAAGAAUCAAGCCUCAGGCUUUGCUUAUUCAGAGCAAAAAGAAGAAGAGCCCUACACGGAUUAGUCUUUUGACUAUCAUUAUUUGCAACCUUGUGGUCAUCUUGGUUGUAUUAUCCCUCUAUGGCACCUACAAACAUUGGCAUCGGAGGUUAAGCAGUCAACCAGAAAUUGGCUUGGACGAGUUUGAGCAUGUGAAGAACUCUGGGGAGCCAAAGAAAUACGAUCUUCCAAAAUAUGCUGUUUUAAACACCUCAAAAGGACAGAUUACAAUGGAGCUCUAUAAAGAUUCCUUUCCAGAAGUUGUGGAUAGGUUCAUUGACCUUUGUCAAAAAGGCUUUUUCAGAGGCAUGCCUUUUCACCGUGUAAUAAAGAACUAUGUAAUUCAAGGGGGUGAUUUCCAAAGGCUUGGAGCUGCAGAGGAUUGGACAUUGAAAGUAAAGCCAAACAAAGAACAUGCUAUAAGCCCAAAGCAUGAGGCUUUCAUGCUUGGAACUACAAAAUCGGUAUCUGACAGUAAAGGAUUUGAGCUCUUUAUCACAACAGCUCCAAUUCCUGAUUUAAAUGACAAACUCAUUGUGUUUGGGAGUGUUGUCAAAGGAGAGGAUGUGGUCCAGGAAAUCGAAGAAGUUGACACCGAUGAACAUUACCGGCCAAAGUCCAACAUCGGGAUCAUUGACGUGAUAUUGAAACAAGAGCUUUGAGCUGAUUAAUCUUGUUGUUGUAAAUUACAUUCACUAGUUAUGGAUUUUCAGACAAUCAUUUUGAUGGUACAGCUCUAACUCACCACAUGGCCUCCACUUCUCUGGAGACUUUGAUGUUCUCCGACAACCCAAUCCAGUGCCAGAGAGUAUAAUUUAGGGUAGAGAAGUUUAUUCUUAAUAUACCAGUGACAGUACUUUGUCAUUAUUAGGAAAUUUACUUUGAUUUUUUUUCCCUCAUGUAUUUAUUUAGUUGUGUGAGUUUCAGAUUCAAAUUGCAUGUGAUGUGAAGUGACAAAAGCAUUAUUUUCAUCUGU